AUGAACAAUGGUAACAAGCAACGCCUAAGUUCUCAAAUCGAACAUGAGCAUAUAAAUGAACCUGUGACAAGUGCUGGUGCACCAUUUCAAACCGGUGAACCUUUGUCUCUGCUCGCAAGAGCGGAGACGCUGAUGAACAAGGCUAGCAGCCAUCAGCAUAUUUUGAGGAGUGAACUAAGGCAGCAUGAACUGGACAUUGUCAAUCAGAGCUUAGGCAAUUGCCUGGAUGCCAACAGUAAGCAAAGGAUGAGUUCCCAGAUGGACCUUGACCAUGUGAACGAGUCAUCUGCCAGCAGUGGUACAUCAUUUCAGUCAGUAAAGUCUUCAUCCAUGCUCACAAGAGGUGAAGGGCUCAUGAGUAAGAACCCAAACGGUCAGAGCCAGCAUCAUAGAGGUGAGCUGAGACACGAUCUGGAUAUAGUCAAUCAGAAUCUGGGGUGUCUGGAUGGCAACAGUGGUAACUCUAAGCAGAGGCUCAAUUCUCAGAUGGAGCAUGAACAUAUCAGUGAGCCCUCAACUAGCGGGGCAUCAUCCUUCCAGCCUGUGGAACCUUUGUCAUUACUGGCAAGGGGAGAAUCUUUAAUGAAUAAAACUAGUCAUGGGCAACAGCAUAUUCUUAGG